AUGUUCACCACUUCUCAACUCAUCUGCUCAUUCCUUCUCGUUUUGGCAAUUGCGGCCCAUCCUGUUGAUCAUUCAAGCCAUGAAAACUCAUAUGAUAACUCUGGAUACGGGUCGGAUUCCAAACAUAAGAACGACUUCCACAAAUCGUCGGAAAACCAUGGGCAUGAUGUAUCUCAGAAAGGAUAUUACAACGAUGGAAAGGGAAAUGAGCACGAUCUUUAUGAUCAUGACGGAGCCAAGCAGAAGAAGAACAGCGUUGUUCACAAAUCCGAUGCUGCUAGCAAGUAUGUUGAUGACGCCGCUAACUACAACAAGAACGUGAAGACCAAGUCGUUCGGGUUCUUCGACUAUCACUACGUCCAGCCGCAAUACCAUAUGGAACAGUACCACACCGACGAGAAGCACGCCAACAAGUACUCUGGAGAUGAGCACAACGCUGGACAGAAGCAUGACAAUAAGGGCGGAUAUCAUGCUGAUGGAUACGAGGCAUACGACAAGGAGCAUGACAAACAUGGAGCCAGCCAUUCCGACUAUGGGCAUGAAGAUGAUGGACACAAGAAGUAUUAUGAUGAUAAGGACGGCAAAUAUGGUGGACACUCCGAUGGAUAUUACAACAAGGGAUACCAGGGAUACGGACACGGACACGACAGCGAGAGUUAUCAGCCACCAAGCUACCAUCAGCCAAAAUAUGGAUACUACGAGCCACACUAUGGCGGAAGCAACAAAUAUGAGGCUCCUUAUUAUGGAUACAACUCGAAAUACUAUUAG